GAGGGGGGCGCGCAGCCGGUGCCGGUGCCGGUGCCGGCCCCAGCCCCAGCCGCGCUCCCGGUGCCGGCCCCGUGCCGCCAUGUUGCGGCCCCGCCGCUGCUGCUCCGCGGCCCCGGCCCGGCCCGGCCCUGCCAGCGGCGGCGGCAGCAGGGACAUUAACUUAUUUUGGAUUAGGAUCUCCAUGGCAUGUGAACUAGAAAAUAAUCCAAACUAGGUCUCGUUAUUUUGACGUGACAGACAUUAUCAAAAUGGUUGGAAAACUCAAACAGAACUUGCUACUGGCAUGUCUGGUGAUCAGUUCAGUGACAGUGUUUUAUUUGGGCCAACACGCGAUGGAGUGUCACCAUCGAAUAGAGGAACGCAGCCAGCCUGUGAGGAUGGAAAGCGUGAGAAGCACAGUAAGAACUGGUUCUAAUGUAAAUGCGAAUAAAACCUUUGCUUACAACAAAGACAUGCCUUUAAUAUUUAUUGGAGGAGUACCUCGAAGUGGCACUACUUUAAUGCGUGCCAUGCUUGAUGCCCAUCCAGAUAUUCGGUGCGGAGAAGAGACAAGGGUCAUCCCACGAAUUCUGGCAGUUAAGCAGAUGUGGGCUAGGUCAAGCAAAGAGAAGAUCCGGCUGGAUGAAGCUGGAGUCACAGAUGAGGUUCUGGACUCGGCCAUGCAAGCGUUUCUAUUGGAAAUCAUUGUGAAACAUGGAGAGCCUGCACCGUAUUUGUGUAACAAAGAUCCUUUUGCUUUAAAAUCCUUAACUUAUCUUGCUAGAAUUUUCCCCAAUGCCAAAUUUCUUCUAAUGGUACGGGACGGUCGUGCAUCUGUACAUUCCAUGAUAUCUAGAAAAGUCACAAUAGCUGGCUUUGACCUGAACAGCUACAGGGACUGUUUGACCAAGUGGAAUCGUGCUAUAGAAACUAUGUAUAACCAGUGUAUGGAGGUUGGUUUUGAGAGGUGUAUGCUGGUACAUUAUGAACAGCUUGUAUUGCAUCCUGAAAGAUGGAUGAGAACUCUCUUAAAGUUUCUUCGCAUCCCAUGGAACCAAGCAGUGCUGCACCACGAAGAAAUGAUCGGAAAAGCAGGCGGUGUUUCUCUUUCCAAAGUUGAAAGAUCUACUGAUCAAGUAAUCAAGCCAGUCAACGUGGAAGCGCUGUCAAAGUGGGUUGGGAAGAUACCUGCUGAUGUUCUGCAAGAUAUGCCAGUGAUCGCGCCCAUGCUGGCCAAACUGGGCUACGAUCCCUAUGCCAAUCCACCAAAUUAUGGGAAGCCAGAUCAAAAAGUUGUGGAAAACACAAGGAGGGUCUAUAAAGGUGAAUUUCAGCUUCCUGACUUUCUUAAAGAAGUGCCACAGCCGAAGAAGACAGUAGAAAGGAAGUCUCGUGGCAAGAUAAUAUGAACAUGGAUCAGUAAAGUUGAAUAGCUGUAGUACUGAGCCUAUGGAAUAGAAGACAAAAUGGAUCUUUCUUGCACAGAAG